CGGAUCGUUUGGUGGCCACUGGUGCUGGUGAGUUUGGGAGGCGCAGGUAUUUUGUUUCACCUGUCACACCUGACCACCAUGCUGCGACAGCCAUUUUGAAGUUCAUCUGCUGUCACUGUAGUUCAAGUGCAAUGGCUGCAAACUUCUGUAUCUUCUUCGUUUUGUUAGCUUUUCUGCCUUCAGGUGAACUGCAAGGUUUUUCUGAGAACUCCACAGCAUGGGCAAAGGGCAACUUGUGAGCUUUCUCAGGAACACCAUCAGUUGUCUAAAGGGAGAAGCUCCUUCGGAUGUUUAUUCAUUAUCGUUUUCAAACAAGCAGCCUCUCUCAUUGUCCUUUCACACGGCUUGGAAUUACCUGGUCUUUAGUGACGUCGGACGCAACACCAUUGUGGUCACCAACUCGACCCGUGCUGUCUACGCUCACGUCGGCACGUCACCUAAAGUUGGUCACGUGUCUGUAGACUGGGUCAGCAACAACAUUUACUGGGCCGACGCCGGCUUCGGGUGGAUUGGACUCCAGUCUCUAAAGAGUGAUUUGGCAAAAUUUGCGACUAAUGGACGACUGAAAGUCAUCGUCUCAACAUUCCUGGAACAUCCAUACGGCCUGGUUGUUGCACCGAAUUACAGGCGUGUUUUCUGGUCCGAUGUGGGAUCUUCGCCAAAGAUUGAAAGCUCCGACCUUCUGGGAUCCGACCGCAAAGCUCUGGUUUGGCAAGGCUUAGCCACCCCGACCGCCCUCUCCGUGGACCAAUCAUUACAGCGCCUCUUCUGGACAGACCAAUCAAAACACACCAUUGAGUCAUCUGACUUUAAUGGCGGGAAUCGCCGCGUAUUGUAUUUCUCGGAGGACAGUCAGUUCGGUGGACUUCAAGUGUUUGCGGAAUACCUUCUGUUCACACAGCAGAACACCAACUCAUUGCAUGGUCUGGACAGACUCACGGGGAAGCAGGUGGUGUCCAGCCUGUCUCUACCUUCUGAUCCUCCCGGCCCUCCCGGAAGCCUCGCUGUUUUCUCAACUGCUUUUCAGCAAAGAGGAAAUAACAUUUCCUGUAGUCAGAUGACAUGUGGCCACAUUUGCAUACAACAGGAGCAAGGCGGUGUUUGCAUCUGCACUUCUGGUUCAACUCUCAAGUCUGACGGAAAAACAUGUCAAGAGAGCUCAGUUCCCUUGUGGAAAAGUUUCAUCGUGAGUUCAGCAACCAGAGUGUGUGCAGUACCAGUCAACCUCCUCUACAGUUUUCCCAACCUGCCUCCUCCGUUCUACAACAUCAAAUGCUUUCUCAACGAGUCCAACAUCCAGCACCUGGCCAUCAACUCCUACAACGCCACCUUGUACUACGUCACAGGAAGCAGCUGGAUUCGAACACACGAUAUUCGUAGUGGGAAAACCGACAACAUCACCACCACGGCCAACAGUGUAGGCGGCAUUACUUACGACGAAGCAAGAGGAAUCCUCAUUUGGUCAGAGACAUCUGCCGGGCGAAUAAUGGAGCUUGAUCUUAACAGGGGCGACAACGCCACCCAGCUGUACUCGAACCUUAACAGCCCGGGCGAUCUCACCGUCAAUUCUCUUAGAGGGCUGCUCUUCUGGGUGGAAACCUUCAACAAUAAAUACACAUUAGUAGCUGGGGCAGUUGUCUCCCCGUUCAACAAGUCCGAGCUGGUCAACUCGGGCCUCAUCCGCCCCCACAGCCUGGUGUACGACGACAAGCAAAACAGGUUGUACUGGCUUGAUGUCGACUACCUGGGUUCUGUCAGAGGAGAUGGCAGUGACAAAAGUGUCAUCAGCCUGAGUUCUGUCACAACCUACCGAGGCCUGGCUUUGUUCAGAAGCAACCUGGUGUGGUUGACCCGCUCACCUGACAGCAACGUCACCUUCCGGUCUUCUGACCUCAGAGAUGCCAGCGUCAGACGACCUUUAACCUGCCUGGUCUGACAGACUUGACGGACGUAGUGUUCUACGACGCCGA